AUGAGCUCUCACGGCGGUUCUCGCCAGAACAGUGGCCGUAAGCAAUCCGAGAAGACACCCAAGUCUCAAGAGGACCUGCGUCGCGCACAAGCCAACGCCAAGCGAAUGUUCAACAUCAGACAACCUGCAGCCGUAGAAACUUACAGUACUACACUCGCAAUACAAACGGACACCACACUCAUCACUACAACAAACCCUGCAACUUCUCUCAGCAACACUGUCUCUCUACAACUACUAAUCCAUUUCUUGACAAACGAGUCCGAAUCGAUAUCAAUACUGCACACACAUCGGACAAUACAAAUCAACCUCAUCAAAGAAAUUCAGCUGUCGCGGGUACAAAGACAUUCGUAG